GACAGAACUGACACAGGAACACAAAAACCUUUUGGGCCCGUCAGAACCUCUGGAGAGUUGACAGGGGCGCAGAGUCCUUCCCACUUCCUGCCUGCUUCUUUCUGGCUGAUAUGUUAAGUAGCGGGCCUGCUUUCUGUCGGCCACUCGCGUCCUCCUUGGGUUUCAAUUCCAAACAUGGUGAUCCUUGUGGGGACUCCAUAUCGACGACACCCCACUCCCACUCCUCCUCCUCCUCCCGGCUUAACCGCCUCCCUCCAGCUGUUGUCUCCACAGUGCAGGCCGGCGAUUGAACUGAAAGAGUGGCCACCCGAGAUGGAAAAGUGGUCGCAUAAUGAGAUUGUUGUAGAACCGUGAGAAGACCCUGAAGAACUUUCCGAGGGAAUCGAUUUGGAUUGUUGACUUUCCCGUCUUUUCCUGACAUGAGUGUGGAGAACGCCAGUCUCCUAGAUGUCCUGUUUGCCGCCCCGGUUUGCGAUGGCUGGAGCAACAACACCGAGGGUGCCCUCUACCAUCUGGGCAACACCGUCCUGUUCCUGGGCUACAUGGGUGGCAGCGGGGCCUACGGGUGCCUCUUCAUCUUCGGCCUCCUGGCCCCUUCCUUCCUGUGCCUGACUGUGUGGGGCUGGUUGACGAUAUGCGGCCCCGACGCGGUCACCUGGAACCUUUUGCUGCUUCUGGCCUGCCUGUUCCAGAUCUGCCACCUGCUGUACCGCCUGCACCAGGAAGGCCUGCCCAACGAGGAGCUGGCCACCCUCUACCGGGUCGUCUACGUCCCGUUGGGGGUGCCCAUCCAGGUCUUCAAGGAGAUCGCAGGCGCCUUUGAGAACAAGGUGCUGGAAAUGAAGGCGGGCCAGACGUACGCGGUGGAGGGCAAGACGGCCAUCGAGAGGCUCUCCUUUCUGCUGUCUGGCAGGAUUAACGUAUCUCUGGAGGGUCAGUUCCUGCACUACAUCCACCCACACCAGUUCCUCGACUCACCCGAGUGGGAGUCCCUGAGGCCCAACGAGGACGGAAAGUUUCAGGUUACUCUGACGGCAGAGGAGGACUGCCGCUACGUGUCUUGGCGGCGCCGCCGCCUGUUGUCCCUCAUGUCCAAGGAACGUUACGUGUGCCGCCUGUUCGCCGUCAUGCUCGGCUACGACAUUGCCGAGAAGCUGUACAACCUCAACAACAAGCUGUACAUCAAGAGCGGCGUCCUGCUGGACAUCCGCCUUCCCAGCCUCUACCACGUCCUGGCCCCCUCGUCGCAGAGCAGCGAGGGCGAGCCCCCCGAGCGGGCCGACCGGCACCCCCGCCGGGAGUCGGAUCCCGACCGGGGACGCCGGGCCGAGAACCCCGUCGGGCGGUCGUGGCCGUCUGACCCGGAGCUGCCCUCUGGUGAGGACUCCACCAGCCUAGUCCUGGAGGACUUUGCCGACUUGGCGGGCUCCUUAACCGACUAUGGCAGUGAGAGGGAUUAUUUGAGGUAGAGGGGGUCGCGAGGGGUUCCGGAGCUAACACACUGGCUCACCCGCUUAAGAUACAUGGGGGGACGUGGCCGGAGGAGCAGCUCGCUUCCAGAGGAGCCGAGCGCCUCUUGCUCCCACCGACACUCCCAAACUCUGACCACACCAUUUUUUUCUUUUGACCUUUCACUAUUUGGACCACAGUUAUUUGUUUUUGUUUUGAGUCACACAUCACUUGUGCUCAUUUCAUGUUAUUUUGCUGAAAAACACAAACGAAAUUGCGUGCUUCCUCUGUACAUAAAAUGCAUUACUGUAGUCAACCAUUAGCAUUUCUUGUUGUUGUUCUUAAUAUUGAACAUCCACCAUUCUAAUGUGAAAUUGUCCAAUUGCAGUUGAUUUAUUACCACAGGGGGCCAACAUUUCUCCAUAAAGCUUCUGUGCAGAGUGCAGUGAAAAUGUUUCUUUCUGGAAUGAUUCAUGUACAGGCUAUUUUUAGCUGUUAUUUUUAAGCCUGUGUGUAAAAUGACAACAAUAAACACACUUGCUAACUUGGCCUCCUUCACUGUGUCUAUUUGCCUUUGGUUUAGUUACUCCUCUCAUAACAAUUGACGGAUCACCGUUCAUUGAUUUGAGUCAUAGCUAGAAUUUAGAAAUGACAAAAAAA